AUGGACGCGAAGAAUCGCUUAUGUAAGGAACUCCAUGAAUUAAUUCGACUGCAUCCGGUUGAUUGGUGUGCGUGGCCCGUUAGCGGAGAUCUGAUGCAAUGGGAGGCGGCCAUUUUGGGUGAGAGGGGUACGUCCUAUUAUUUGGGAGUAUUCUCGCUGAGGCUGCAGUUCAACAAGUAUUAUCCAUUUAUACCGCCACGUGUGAACUUCACAACGAAAAUCUAUCAUUGUAACAUCGAUUUGGAUGGUUACAUCUGCUGGGAUCUAUUGACCACCAAAUGGACUGCUCGUGUCACGGUCGCCACAAUUAUCGAUGCCGUGCGUGACCUGAUGCGUCAACCGAAUGCCGAUGAUCCCUGCGAUGAGAUGAUGGCUGCCCUCUAUCGGGACAAUCGUGGUCUCUACACUAGCAAUGCCAUCAAUUGGACUCGGAGAUAUGCGGGUGCAUCGAAUAUGACCUUGCCACGGUGGUUGAUCGUAUGUCAACGUUUCAGCUUUGAAUAUCUAUAUGAUACGGCAGAGGAUGAGACCGAGGAGGAAGAUGAUGAAGAGGAUGAAGAGGACGAGCUGCCAGUGGAUACGUUGAGUUCACGUGCACUCUAA